UAGUGUAGUACAGUGACGACAGCGAUUGCUCAACGGGUGUUUGUCAUCCGUACGAAUUUAGAUAAAAAUUUACAACUGAAUAAUUGUUCAUUGAACACACGCGAGUGUAGUGAGUAAGUGGAAGAUUAAAUACGGUGUCAGUGACGAAUCUUCUGUUAUAAGUGAACAAGCACAUGUGUGUAGCAGAAAAAAUUGUUUAGAAACAGUACGCGAACUUCAAACAUGAAUAACAGUACGAGGCAACCGAAAACUACGCCUAUUACAGAUGAUUACGAUAUAUCAAAUACCGUACUCGGUCUAGGCAUCAAUGGAAAGGUGGUAGAAUGCAGAGAAAAGCGCACAGGCGUAAAGCGAGCGUUGAAGGUGCUCCACGACAACGUGAAAGCCAGAAGAGAAGUGGAACUUCACUGGCGAGCCAGCGGGUGCAUACACAUCGUUGAGAUAAUCGACGUAUACGACAACACAUACAGCGGCAAGCGAUGCUUACUCGUAGUCAUGGAAUGUAUGGACGGCGGCGAACUCUUCCAACGCAUACAGGACAACAGAGACGGAGCGUUCACUGAACGACAGGCCGCUGAGAUAAUGCAUUCAAUAUGCGUCGCCGUCCGCCACCUGCACGAGUCAAACAUAGCCCACCGCGACAUCAAACCCGAGAACCUAUUAUACACUUCAGCGGAACCCAACGCCAUCUUGAAAUUAACUGACUUCGGGUUCGCGAAGGAGACUCUCACACCGGCGGACACGCUGCAGACACCCUGUUACACACCUUAUUAUGUCGCACCUGAGGUCCUAGGGCCUGAAAAAUACGACAAAUCAUGCGACAUCUGGUCAUUAGGCGUGGUGAUGUACAUCCUACUCUGCGGCUUUCCCCCCUUCUACUCCAACCACGGGCUCGCCAUAUCGCCCGGCAUGAAAAAGCGUAUCCGACUAGGCCAGUACGACUUCCCCGAGCCGGAGUGGUCCAACGUAUCGUCUGAAGCCAAGAACCUCAUCCGGGGCAUGCUUUGCGUGGAUAGUGCCAAGCGCCUCACCAUAUAUCAGGUGAUGUCCAGCCCCUGGAUCCGCCAAUACACCCAAGUACCCCAAACGCCUCUAUACACCAACACGUUACUCCGCGAAACUGGAGAAGCUUGGGCUGAUGUCCAGGAUGAAAUGACUCGAUCACUCGCUACCAUGCGCGUUGACUACGACCAGGUACAAAUCAAAGCACUGGAGCAGAGCAACAACUCCCUGCUGAACAAGAGACGGAACAAAGUGGGCGCCUGAGACACAGAGUUCUUAGAUUCUACUAAACUAUAAUAACGGCUCACUCACAGCAGUGGCGGCGCGUCCAUACAACUCGGUUCCUACUGGCUUGCCUACCAUACACGGAUUCUACAAGUGUUUAACGAAAGGCAAGUCGGCAUGCCUAUUGACCUCCUUAUCUUACAAGUUUUGAAGAAAAGGCAAGCUCCGGCUUGCCUAAGUAUGCUUACGCUGCCACUGAAGUACAGUAAGCAGUAGAAGUACUCGUAUUAAGUGGGUGGGUGGGUUUGUGUUCAAAAUUAUCUGACCAUAUAUCUAAAAAAAAUAAACAUACAACCGAAUUGAUGACCUCGUCUUUUGAAAUCUUGAAGUCGGUUAAAAAAUAGGAAGGCCUAGUUUGAAUAUUUGGCCAUAGGUAUACUUUUAAAAUUUUGCUUGCUAUAAUCGGAUUUACUAUAGCCUCCUAAGACCCAGAACAAAUAAUUUGUUUUUUGAAUUUGGAACCCUUAGUUACAUAAUAAAAGUUCAAAAUAGAUUUUGGAAUAUGUACAAAAAUUUGUACUCAGGGUCUUAGGAGGAUAGGUUAGAAUCAUGAUUUUGGGUUUAGACAUUUUUUAAUGUGUCAUACGUAUUUUUCAGCAUUUUUAAAGUCUUGUAGUCAGACUUAACCAGAUAAAUAAAUAAUAGAGACUAAUGUCUAUACAAAUCAUAUAGGAUUAAAGCUUAACUAUCUACAACAAAUUAUUACUGAGAACCAGUUAUAUACAGUCUUUAUUGUUACGGGUCUCUGGGUAAAUAAUAUAAGUGAUUAAUGUACCUGCUGGUACUUUAUAUACACAAUUAUUAAUAGGAAAAAAUAUUGCUCCUACUACGCAUAAGUAUAUGGAAAAAUGCACGGGUGUACAGUCAGCAUCAAAAGUAGCGGAUCAAAUACCGUUUCAUAAGUAACUACCAUUCUGUAACAGCUUAACAAAAAGUGAUGUCUUUAAUAUAGUACAACUAAGACUGUAAAAGAUGUACUUUUGAACGCGAAUUUUAGAAAUUAAUCUAUAUUUGGAGAUGUUAUCCGGAAUAUCAGAUACUUUUGGCGCGUUGUUUCAUCCGCUACUUUUGAUGCUGACUGUACGUACCCCUUUUUACAGUGUAUUAAAACAUCACCAAGUUUUAGGAUUAAGUAUAAAAUGAAAAUAAUCACAAUAAGGUAGAAGUACUAGUGCUCGACGCUGCACUAGUACUCGACAUGGGCACUUUAUGCCAAAGUGACAAGGAUUAAGUUCGAAUACAGAAAAAUCUUCGUUCUCAGAAAAAUCUGGUGGCCUAGCGGUAAGAGCUUGCGACUUGCAAUCCGGAGGUCGCGGGUUCAGACCCCGGCUCGUACCAAUGAGUUUUUCGGAACUUAUGUACGGAAUAUCAUUUGAUAUUUACCAGUCGCUUUUCGGUGAAGGAAAACAUCGUGAGGAAACCGGACUAAUCCCAACAAGGCCUAGUUUACCCUCUGGGUUGGAAGGGCAGAUGGCAGUCGCUUUCGUAAAAAUUAGUGCCUACGCCAAAUCUUGGGAUUAGUUGUCAAGCGGACCCCAGGCUCCCAUGAGCCGUGGCAAAAUGCCGGGACAACGCGAGGAAGAAGAGAGACAGAAAAAUCUUCGUUGUUCAAAUUUAACCUAUAUUUCCAUGAAAUAAAGUGCCCAUGUCGGUGACUAGUGCAGCGUCGAGCACUAGUACUUCUACCUUACAACUUAGACGUAAAUAUAUAUUUUUAAUGACAGAUACUAACUUUAAUUUAAAGGAACCCGCAUUUUUCUCCAAAUGUUAGUACUUAUUUUUAUUACAUAAUUAUGAGUAAAUCAAGGCAAUUAGAGUGCCUAUUGCAUCAGGAAAAAAAGGUUAACUUAUAAAGGUGUCGAUUAUUUAUUAUUUCAAAAAUUCUAGCAACACAGUGAUAAAAUGGUCAGUAUGUGUUAUGUCUAUCUUUUGUCCAAAGCAGUGUUUCGUCUUUUGUAUAUCAAUAUUAAUAUACGUAUAGAUAAAUGGCCAUAGUAAUGAAAGCAUGUCAACUUUGCCUAACGAAUAAUUUCCUUUUACGUUUGUAGUAAUUAAAUAAUUAACUAGUAAAAUUUAUUCAAGCGAAUUUAGAUAUUAACAAUUUUCUAAUUAUGUGGGCAAAGUCACCCACUAGUUGAGUGGGCAAAGUUGACGAUACGAAGUUAUAUGAUCAUUUUAUUAACCAUGGUCGUAUGCUUGGACAAAUAAAUGUAAAAUGGUUGUAAUAUAAAAGACGUGUGUAAUGUCAAUUUCUACUCUUAGGUGCUAUUGCUGAGCUUUCUAUGCUUUUUCGUAAAAACACCUAUUUUAUUGAAAUGGUAUUGUAUCUAUCUUACAAGAAUAGUAAAGUUAAAAAAAGACAAACAUCGCAUUGGCGUUUCGUAAAGCUUCAAAUAGCUUUACGGACUGGAUUUCAAAUGACUCGCAAUCGACAUAUUUUCUUUCUUUUUUGAUCAGAAAAAUUAAGCACCAAAAGAUAAGCCUAUACCAAGCCAUAAAUUAAGUCAAACCUCUAAAUGCCAGGGCGUUUUGCUGUUUAUACUAUUUCUAUGAAAUCGGGUGAGCGAUAUCACGCCCUCCCUUAUUGUGGGCGUUAAUUCUAAUAGGUAAAUAAUUAUAUAUACGUAUAUACUAUAUAUAUUAGCCGCUAUUUGAUAGGUUCGACUAGCAAAUGCUACCUCUAAGCAGGUACUCUGUCAAAAUCUUGCUUUUUAGGAUUAAGAAGUGUGUUAUUUUUAUGUUUGCCGUCCAAACGAGAGAUGUAGGGAAUAUUUUUUGGAAAAUGGAGCAUUAUUUUUCUAGUUUAUUAAGGAUAAACGAAAUGACAUGGAAUUAUUAUAAAACUUUCGAUUAUUCUUAUAGAUUGGAAUAUUUACUACAUAUAUAUAUAUAUAUAAACUAGGAGACAAAUUAUGUGCUUAGAAAAGAGGGAAGUUAGUAUUUUUUACAGACUAGACUCCCUCUCGCAUAAAAAAACUAUUAAGAAAAUAGGGGCUUUGUCUCGUUAAGUAAAUUAGCAUAACUCGUAAGUCACAAACAUGAACGCUGUACAUAUGACAUCACAUUGCCAUUAUGUAUGUAGAUAUAGGUACCUAGUUUAUAGUAUAUGUAAUUUGCAUUUGUUUUUGCUGAAAUCCAAUUUUUUGUUUGAUGUAACUAAACUACUUAAUAAAGGUAUCGUUUAAUUUAUGAUAUAAAACAUCACAAAUU